AUGGUUGAUGAAGAGAUUGAAGAGCUCUUUGAACUUACAGGCGAAGAUUUUUAUAAAUAUAUUGAAGUACAAUAUGGAAAAAAUGUUGAAAAAGUUAUUAGAUUUCACGAUAUUGAUAGUUUUUUAAUUUUGGGUAGUGUUAAUCAACAUGAUAUACUCGAUGUAGUUGAACAAUCAAAUAAUGAAAAUUCUUCUGAUCAACUUAUUGCGUUACAAAAGGAAAUCUGCAACACAUUUGAAAACAAAGUAACAAUAAAAAUUGGUACUAAAGGAAAGCUGAUUUUAUUAUUAAAAUCAGCGCAUGAUAUUAUGCGAAAAAGAAAUCAUUUUUUAUCUUUAACACGACAAACUAGAACAAAUAAUCACCGAUCUUUAUCAUCAUCAACAAAUAGUAGUGGAAGUGGUGGUGAUGUCAGUUCAAAAGAUAAUUAUGAAUACAUACAGCAAUGUAUUAUGAAAAUGUUAAUAAAUAUGAAGAAUACUAUUCAUGGUGUUACUCAAGAAAAUAUAUCAGUAAAUGACUUUAAAAUUUUUCUUAAUAAUCUAAAUGAUGAUAAUAUAUCAACUUGUAUCAUACAAUGUGUAUGCGGUGAUCGAAUUAAAUUAUAUUCUAGAUAUGGUCAAUUUCAAAUAUCAAAUUUUUCUAAACAUUUAAAAACUACCAACAAAAAAUCAAUUAUUAUUACGAACAACAAGACUAAAGAAACUGAUACAUCUGAAGGUUCAAAUGAAAUGCUCGUUGGUGAUGAACAGUUAGAAGAUGAAAAUAAAAAUUCUUUUUUGAACAAAAGUCAAAAUAAAUGUAAUAGUAUAAAUACUAGUAAUACUUUGGAUUUAACAUUAGUAACAAGUAAAAAAUCUUAUGAUCAACGUAAAUCAUCUGACAGUGAGUCCGACAAUGAUGAGAAUAGUGACUCAUCAGCUAAACCAACAAAUGAAAAGAAUGAUGGAGGACGUCGGUCUCAUAUUUUGCCAAUAGCAGGUGAAACUCAGAAUUCAAUUUCAUUUAAUCGUCUUUCUCAAUCGAAAAAACAACAAGCAAUUGAAGAUUUUCGAACGUCAAGUUUGCCACCGAAUAUUCAGUCAAUUAAAUCUGUAAAAGACUUGAAUAGAAAGGAUAAUACAUUGUUGGAUGCAAGAAAAUCUAAACGAGUCAAAAAUGAUAAGCAACCUAUAACUGAUCCAUCUGCUAAAGAUAAAAAAGCACCACAAGAACACCACGUUUUAAUUAAUAAAAAUAAUAAAUCAGAUUUUUUAUGUACUGCAUUAAAAACAAUUGAUGUAAAUAAUCACAGAGCACCAAACCAUUAUAGAUAUCCAGAAUCUGUACUAAGAUUUGCAACAGCUCUUUUCAUAUUAGCUGGCAUAUACGUGUACGAAUAUGUUCGUCUUAAUUUUAAAUUUCUUUUACCAACAAUACAAACCAUAAAAAACAAUUGGUUUCAUGAACCUUACUCCGAAGGAAAGUUUCGCUUUGAUGAAACUAAAACUUAUUGUAAUUCGGUUCAAUGCCAAUACAUUUUCGUAUCUGAGGACAGCUCAGCACUUAUCCCCAGAAUAGAAUACGAUGCUAGUUUAGACAUUUUCAAUGGAUUCGAAACACCACUUGCAGGUGGUAUUCCAUGUGAAAAUGCUUUUAGAUGCACAUCAUUUUCACAAUUAAAAUAUUUAUGUGAAACUGUUACUCCCGCUCAUUUGGUCAAUGUUCAUUGUGUACAACCUAUUCCAACUUCAAGUUUUACUUUGAUACCAUCAUCAAUUGUGUUAGGUGCGUACGAGUUAAAACAAUUUGAAGUCUCAAAUAAUCAGCAGAAAAUAAUUUUUCCUAUUCACCACAAAGUUAAACCACUUGUUUUUCAACCAGGUUCAAAGAUUAAUAAUGAUAAUGUUAGUUUUGAUAUAGAUACUCUUGAAAAAAUUAUUCUUCAAGCAUAUCAAGUGGCACAAGAAAUGACAAUUUCUGUAGGAAUGAGUCAUGACUUAGGUAAAAAUAAUCUUUUUAACAUUGAAGAAUCAUCACAAUUAGUCAAACAAUUGUUAAAAUCAAAUAGCUUAUCUGAAUCUGAAGCACUUAUUGUUGAUGAAUCCAGCGAGGACGAUACCGCUGAAGAAGAUGAAGAAUUAGAUGAUGUCAUAUACGAUGAUGAUUUAUCGGAAGAUGAUGCAAGUCCAACAUCUAGCUUCGACAAUUUACAACAUACGCCUUUUUCAGGUAUAUAUCAGACACUUGCACUUUAA